AUGAUGCAAAGUGCGGCGGUCCUACCGACAGAGAGUCCUGUAAAGAGUUUACCGGAGAUUCUCGGAGUGCCACUGCAACAGAUCCCUCAGUGUGCGGGCUGCAGUCAGCACAUCCUGGACAAGUUCAUCCUGAAGGUGCUGGACAGACACUGGCACUCCAAGUGCCUCAAGUGCGCCGACUGUCAGACCCCGCUGGCGGACAAAUGUUUCUCCCGGGCAGGAGGCGUCUACUGCAAGGAGGAUUUCUUCAAGCGUUUUGGAACAAAAUGUGCAUCAUGCCAACAGGGGAUCCCUCCGACGCAGGUUGUGCGGAAGGCGCAGGACUUUGUGUAUCACCUGCACUGCUUUGCCUGCAUUAUGUGCAGCCGACAGCUGGCCACCGGGGACGAGUUUUACCUCAUGGAGGAUGGGAGGCUGGUGUGCAAGGUGGAUUAUGAGACUGCAAAACAAAACGAUGAUUCGGAGGCGGGGACCAAGCGACCAAGGACCACCAUCACCGCUAAGCAGCUGGAGACCCUCAAAAGUGCCUACAAAAACUCGCCGAAGCCGGCACGCCACGUCAGAGAGCAGCUUUCCUCGGAGACGGGGCUAGACAUGAGAGUAGUGCAGGUUUGGUUCCAGAACCGACGAGCAAAGGAAAAACGUCUGAAGAAGGACGCAGGUCGGCAUCGCUGGACUCAGUUUUAUAAAAGUGUCAAACGCAGCCGAGGAGGAGCCAAAGUGGAGAAGGAAAGCUCAGCUGACGACGCGGGACUCAGCGACAGCGAACUGAGCUUCAGAGACGACCAGGUCCUGUCAGAUCUCGGCCACAGCAAUGGGCUUUAUGGGAGCGUCGGUGACGUGACCAGUAGCGCGGUGCUGAAUGGCGGCUUCUCUGUUGAUGCAGCAGGCCAGCCCUACCACGACAUCCGAGCAGGGAGCCCCUACGGUCUCCCUCAGUCGCCCUCCUCCAUCACCUCUCUGCCCGGCCACACCCCUCUCCUCAACAACCUGGGCUUCAACAUGGACAGUCUGGUGGUGCAAGGGGGGCCGGGUGGGGUGGGGCAGGCUCUGAGGGCCAUGGCAGGGGGCCCCACCUCAGACCUCUCUACGGGCAGCAGUACGGGAUACCCCGACUUCCCCACCAGCCCCGCCUCAUGGCUGGACGAGAUGGACCAUUCCCAGUUUUGA